AUGGAGGCCAUCACGGCCUUCUUGGCGCCUAUCCUUACGCAGGGUAUUCUGGUGUGGUGCCCUACGCAUACGCAGGUGGCCUUCCCGCAGCUGCUCCUCUCUCCCUCAAAACCUGUAAUCAAGACCUUGGCUCCUACACCUAUCUCUUACAACGUAGCUCCUGCACCUGUCUCCUACAACGUAGCUCCUUCACCUGUGUCCUAUAACUUGGCUCCUGCACCUGCUUCCUACAACGUAGCUCCUGUCGCACCUGUAGCACCUGUCCAGUCUCAGUAUCACGCUCAGGAUGAGAUCGGUCAGUACUCCUUCGGUUACGCCGGCGGUCCUUCUUCACGCGCUGAGUCUCGCGAUGCCUUCGGUGUUGUCCGUGGUUCGUACAACUACGUGGACUCUGAGGGCAAGGUUCAGACUCAGCACUACGUGGCUGACGCCCUUGGCUUCCGUGCGUCCGGCACCAACCUUCCCAUGGCUCCCGACGCCCCUCUGGCCGCCCUCCCCGGCCCCGUCCCCGAACCCGUCCAGGACACUGCUGAGGUAGUCGCCGCCAAGCUCGCCCAUUUCCAGGCCUACAACGAAGCCGCCGCCGCCGCCGCUGCCGCCCCAGACACCCGCUAAAGAGUGUUUUAGAAACUGCAUCAUAUCUGUGCGUAGAGCUCUCGCCAGCAGAUAACAGCAUCAAGACUCUAGUCAGUUACGAUCGAGAGUUGACGGACGUGUAUGAGAUACCUCUGAAUAAAAGUUUCUGUA